AUGAUUCUAUCAUCUGGAGCGAAACUGUUUUUGUACCACUGCAUUAUCCAGUUUCUGCUGAAAGGAACUUCCGGAAAUGACAAUUUGUUAAAUGGGGAGAAAAACCCACAAGAUGAUGUACACAAAAUUAUAAACGAAUUGCGGUUCCUAGAAAAGGUAGAGACAAUUUUAGAAAAUACAAACAUUGGUGUUUCAGAUAUAGAUGCAGAUGCUAAUGCAUAUAACCCUGAUAAAGAUGCCCCUAAAGAAGAACUAGAUAAACUUAUGGACCAAAAUGAAGAAAAGGAAAAAGUAAAUCCGAAUUUAAGAAAACAUGGUCACCUAGUAGAAGAAAAAGAAUUAACAAAGAACAAGAAAAAAUCUCUGCGUUUAUUAGUUAGCGAGAAUCAUAAAACAAGUCCUUCAUUUUUUGAAGAAUCUUUACUUCAAGAAGAUGUACUAAGUUUUAUCCAAAGCAAAGGAACAUUGUCUAAUUUGAAAAAUAUAAAAUCGGUAAUAAUCGAAUUAAAUACUGAUACGACAGAUGAGGAAUUAGAGGAAUACAUUAAGACGCUGGAAAAUAAAGGGGCUCUAAUAGAAUCUGAUAAAUUGGUGGGAGCUGACGAUAUCAGCGUCUCAGCUAUCAGAGAUGCAGUGAAAAGAGGUGCGAACAGCAUAGAUUUGAAAGAACUUCACAAUAAUAUGCUGGAAAUGAAGGAAAUGAAGGAAAACCAGUAUGAACAAGAUUAUACUGAGAAAGAUAGCGAUGAGGACUAUGACGAUGUAUCUCCAGAUUCUUCUGCACAAAUGGGUUCAUACCUUAGUAGAAAAAAUAAGUCUUCAAAUUACAAAUUUAACGACGAAUAUAGAAAUUUGCAAUGGGGACUAGACUUGGCCAGAUUAGAUGAAACACAAGAUUUAAUAAACCUGAACAGAGUUAGUGAAACAAAAAUCUGUGUAAUUGAUAGUGGAAUAGAUUACAAUCAUCCAGAUUUAAAAAAUAACAUAGAUGUAAAUUUAAAAGAAUUACAUGGUAGAGAUGGUGUAGAUGAUGACAAUAAUGGAAUCAUUGAUGAUAUAUAUGGAGCAAAUUUUGUAAAUAAUAGUGGUGAUCCCAUGGAUGACAAUUAUCAUGGUACACAUGUAUCUGGAAUCAUUUCAGCCAUAGGAAAUAAUGAUAUAGGUAUAGUUGGGGUAGAUACAAAUUCUAAAUUAAUCAUAUGUAAAGCUUUAGAUCAACAUAAAUUAGGAAGAUUAGGAGAUAUGUUUAAAUGUAUUGAUUAUUGUAUAAGCAGAAAAGCACAUAUGAUUAAUGGUAGUUUUUCAUUUGAUGAAUAUAGUAGUAUUUUUAAUGCAUCUGUUGAAUAUUUAAGAUCCUUAGGAAUUUUAUUUUUCGCUUCAGCUAGUAAUUGUUCUCAUAGUAAAUAUGCGAAACCUGAUAUUACCAAAUGUGAUCUAUCCGUUAAUUCCAGAUAUCCUCCAAUGUUAUCUAAAACACACGAUAAUGUUAUAGCUGUUGCAAAUUUAAAAAAAGACGUGGGUAACAAUUAUUCCUUAUCUAUUAAUUCUUUUUAUAGUAAUAUUUAUUGUCAGAUUGCCGCACCUGGUACUAAUAUAUAUUCUACCACACCUUUGAACAGUUAUAGAAAAUUGAACGGUACUUCUAUGGCAUCUCCUCAUGUAGCUGCAAUUGCUUCUAUCAUUCGUUCAAUCAACCCGAAUCUUACUUAUAAGCAAAUCAUAGAAAUAUUAAAAAAAGCCAUAGUCAAGCUUUCAUCUGUUACUACAAAAGUUGCAUGGGGAGGUUACGUUGACAUAAUGAAGGCAGUUAAGCUAGCUAUCGAUUCUAAGUCUUCUCCCUACAUCAAGAAACAAUCGUGGUUCAGGUGGAAGCACACGAGAUGA